CUAAAAGUGGAAAGUCAUUCAGGCCCUGGUGAAUGGAGUGUGUCUUGAAGCAGCGAGAGAGUGGAGGACUUAACUUGCAGCACUAAAACAUGAGAGCCCUGCAGUUUGCCCUGGUGGGCGUCAUCCUGACCCUGCUGAGCCUGGCCAGCCCCGGUCAUGGAGAAUCCUACUUUGGGGACAGUUUCUGCAGCAUCCAAGCUUUCCAAGAUGUCUCCACAUUCCAUGUGUCGCUACAGAUGAAGACGAGUCGGAGAAGCGGCCUGUUGCUACUGGCUGCUGGAAUGCAGGACUACCUGUUCAUUGAGCUCCAAAAUGGGAAAAUCCAGGCUCGGAUGAACCUGGGGCCAGGUGAGGUGACCCUGUCAUCCUCACAAGGUCUACAGCUAAACAAUCUUCUGGAGCACAAAGUCUCCCUCACGCUGCAGGAUGCCAAGCUCACCAUGACAAUCGACGAUCUCUUUUCAACGUUCAUCCCUGUGAGGAAUGACGGAGAACAGCUAAACAUUGACCUGGGUAUUUGGAUGGGAGGCACCGGAGAUCUUGACGCUCCCUACCUUAGCAACGCCAUUCCACCUUUCCGGGGCUGCAUGACUGAUGUGAAAUUCGAGUCCCAUGACUUUGAUAUUCUCAGCACGCUGUUUAAACAAUGCCACGACACAAAGGAAUCCUGCAGCAGUGAAUUUGAGGCAGGUGACGGAGAAGCGACUAGUUUCAGCACUCCUGAUUCUUUUGUCUCAUUUCCCACUUGGAGUGGUGCAAGCGGAGCACCGAGAGUUUUGGAAUUUCUCAUGAAAACUACCAUAGAGGAUGCCCUUCUUGCUUUCCACCCUGGGAGAGAGAGUGACUUCAUUGCUAUUGGUAUUGUGAAAGGCUACCUGAAAGGUUUGCUGGACUACGGCAAUGGCAUGGAGGUGCUGGAGAACACAGAGGUGCAGCUGGAUGACGAUCAGUGGCACAGAGUUAGGGUGCAGGUCAGUCAGGAGUCGUUUGACAUCAACGUCGACAGUCAGGUCGUCUCCCUUCCUCUCGACUUGUCACAAAAACUGGACUUGGUGGGAAACUUGUAUUUGGGAGGCAUUCAGGCUAAAAUGAAGGAUCUCUUUCGCGAGAGUGGGUCAUUGAACCGCGCAGAGGAAGAGAUGACGGCUGAGUCUUUUAUCGGAUGCUUGGGGGAGAUCAAAGUCAAUCAGAAGGAUAGGAGCCUGCAGGAUGCGCUGGUGACCAAAGAUGUCCACGUUAAAUGCGAAGGAGAGGACUAUGACUACUCCAGUUAUUAUGACAUUGACACGACAACUUCCCCACCGCCUCAAACUCGCUAUGUUGAUAUUGAGACUACUGAACCACAUUGCUACCCAACAGACGACAUGCCAGAGAUAUUCAAAAAUGUAACGAAGCUCCUUGACAUUACGCCGCUACUUGUACCUGAAGGCGGAGAAGUUUUUCUAAACAUUGACAACCUGAGCCCAACAUUUGACCUCAGCAUUGCAGGGAUGCGUCAGUCGCAGAUUGUCUUUUCGCUCAAGAGUGACCCCUGGUACGGUGUGGUUGAUAUGAAUAUCAACACAAAGCGCACACAAAAAUUCACUCUUCUGGAUGUUGUCAACCAGAAAAUCAAGUAUAUGCAUGAUGGACAUGAAAGGCACGCAGAUCGAAUUCACCUGGAGGUGGUCGCUAGCAGUAACGUCUACCUCCCAGAAUGUCUUAGAACAUCCCAAAGUUACAUCGUACCGGUUGAAAUCAUUCCCGUCAAUGACAUGCCGCAACUGAGUGGAGGAGAAAUCACCAUUACAGACAAUGGCAGGACCCGCCUGAGCCCCAGUCUGAUCAAAAUCACAGAUUCUGACACCCGCUGCGACAGCUUAGUGGUAAUUGUUACCUCUGAGCCUUCCGUAGAAGUAGGGUAUCUUGAGAACAGUCAGGAGCCAGGACGAAGGAUCACUGAGUUCACUUGCAGGGAUCUGAAGGAAGGGAGUAUCUAUUAUGUGCACAAAGGUGGCAAAGCUGAUUCAAUGACCCUGGAAGUAUCAGACGGGCAAUCUGUCAGCCACUCUGCAACUUUUAAGCUGGCUUUGACGCAGCCACAUAUGACUAUUGUUACCAACACUGGCCUUGUCUUGGCUCAAGGUAGCAAUGCUUCUAUUGGUAUUAACAACUUGGCUGUCCUCACACAUCCUCGUAAUGGAGAUGUAAUUUAUAACAUAACACAGCCACUGGUGUUUGGGGAACUGAAGAUAUUGACAAGCGAUGGCAUGUUGAAACCAGUAAAUGCGUUCCAUCAAUCCGAUCUGGAAGAAAACCACCUAAGGUAUAUUAGCACAGAUUCAAGUGACCAGGAAGAUGUUGUUGUGGAACAGAUUCAGUUUGACACACACCUGGGGAAGUUCUCCCUGUGGAAUAACACAUUCUUAGUCAAGAUUAUGCCUUCUCCAGUGAAACUGUCCACCCUGGUCCCACUAGAAAUGCAAUCUGGUGAGGAGGUAACAAUCGGACCCACUGAGCUUCAGGCUGAAGUGAAAGGGAAAAAACCAGACCCGGAAACUGUUAAGUACAUCCUUGUCAAGCCUCCCACACUGGGUAGUCUUCAGCUACUGGACACAGAGUUGACAAAAGGGGACACUUUCACCCAGAGAGACAUUAUGGACAAUUAUAUCACCUACAGCGUCUUGGUGCAAAGAGCUGUGGACAGUACCGAUCAAUUCCAGUUCAAAGUAUUUGUCGAGGAUCAGUACUCUCCUUUAUACACAUUCCCAAUUAACAUCCUUGCUGAUUCUGACGCCCCCACUCUGACCAAUGAGGUGCUAACUGUCCUACAUGGUAGUGAGCAAGUUGUUGACAAAAAUCAUCUUUGGAUGCAAUCAGCCAGCUCCGCAGAUUUUAUGUACCAGAUCACUCAAGGGCCGACACAUGGGCGACUCAUAAGGGACUCCCCACCUGGUCAACCUCGAUUUGAGGGAGCGAUUAGAGUGUUCAGUAAUGAAGACCUCCAACUCAACAGGCUAAUAUACCAGCAUGACGGUUCCAGGACAGUUAGUGAUGAAUUUCACUUCACAGUAUUUGAUCAGAGCGCAGACAGAUUUGGGGAUCAGGAAACAAUUAGUGGCAUCUUCAGAAUAUCUAUCCAAAGCAAGAAUGAGCAUGCUCCACUGCAGGUUGUUGAUAAAGUUUUUGAUGUCGUCCGCCAUGGCCAGCGUCUGCUGACCACUGAUGACAUCCGGUUCAAGGACGACGACUCAGGCUUUAAUGACUCCCAGAUUGUCUAUGCUCGUGAGGGAAUCCUCUCUGGCAACAUUGUCUCCGCACUGAAUCCCUCCCAAUCCCUUUUCCGUUUCACACAAGCCGACCUGCGAGAUAAAAAGGUUCUUUUCAUUCAUCACGGAGCCGAUCAGGAACGCUUCCCACUACAGGUGUCCGACGGCUUUCACAAGACAACCACUCUGCUGCAGAUCCAAGCCGGCGAAGCCUACCUGCGAGUGGUCAACAACACAAUCAUCGUCAUUGACCAUGGAGGCACCAAGACCCUCAACACAACGCUGCUGAGCGCAGAGUCCAACAUGGACAUCAGGGACGACAGCGAGAUCACGUUUCAUGUGACGUCCCCCCCUAGUGACGGCAGGAUUAUUGUCAGCGGGAUUGAGUCCUCAGAAUUCACCCAGGAGGACUUGAAGAAGGGUGUUGUUUCCUAUGAACAUAACUACGAGAGCCUGAGGUCCAAGGAUGCCUUUAGUUUCACAGUCCAAGCAGGAGGACAUUCAGAGGAGGGCACAUUCAGGAUUAAAAUAUUCAAACAAGGGUACCUCUCUGAGCCUGAAGUGCUGACCAAUGAAGUCAUCGUUGCCUACGAAGGAGAGCACACCGUUAUCAACUCGGAUUACCUCAAGGUGGAGCAAGCGGACAUCCUGCCCACAGAGAUGGUGUUCACCAUCAAAGAGCCGCCUCGCCUCGGCCACAUGGUCAAGCUAACAAACAGCUCCGACGGCACCGACUCGCCGGUCCUCGACUAUAUUCACUCGUUCACACAGGAGGAUGUCGAUCACGGCCGCAUCCUCUACGUGUCUGCAUCCAUCCAGGGUCUUGAUGGCUUCACCAUGGACGUCAGCAAUGGUUUUACCACGGUGGAGGACCUGCGCAUCACGGUCAACAUUGUGCCUCGCCUCAUCCCCAUCCAGACCUUCAACUUCACCGUGAAGGAAGGCCUCAGCCAUGUCAUCAACGACGAGGUCAUCAACAUCUCACACCCCUUCUACAACUCUAUCAACAUCGAGUUUGUGGUGGAGGAGCCGCCGCAGCAUGGGGAAAUACGUUUCCAGGACGGAGAUGAGCUCACAUACUUCACGUGGGAGGAGAUAAAGCUUGGACACAUCUACUACAUGCACGACAGCACCGAGAGCACCGAGGACAGCUUCACCAUCUCCGCCUCGGCUUAUGAGAUCGAGCGCCGCAGCCUUCCCAUCACAGUCUCCGUGACCAUCUGGCCCGUCAACGACGAGCCACCGAGACUGACGCGCAACACGGGGCUGGAGCUACUCGCUGGCGAGGAGGCCGACAUCACAUCCAGCAUGCUAACCACGGACGACGCCGACACCCCCGCAGAGGAGUUGGUUUACAAUGUAGAGACGCCAACCAGCGGCAUGGUGGCGUUCAAGGAGUUCCCGGAGGAAGCCAUUGCCAAUUUCACACAGGCUCAAAUCAACAAGGGGGAGGUCAUCUUCAUCCACGAGGGUGAGGAGUCAGGCGGAUUCAGCUUCACGGUGACAGACGGCGAGCACACGUCUCCUCUCUACAGAUUCGUGGUCACGGCCAGGCCCCUCACCAUCACCAUGGUAACACAAGAGGAGCUGAUGGUGUUCCCAGGAACGAGGCAGCCCAUCACCAGUGCCAAUCUGGGGGCCGUGACUAACGAGGAUGGAAAUGAGAUCAGCUACUCGCUGGUCCACCCCCCUCGUUUGGGGAGACUCAUCAUGGCCAACGACAAGAACCAGAUGGAGGAAAUCAGCCGCUUCUCCCAAACGCAGCUGGAGUCAGGAGUGAUCUUCUAUGAGCACCAGAUGCCUGAGGACCCCUUCUGGGUGGUGAGGGACUCUAUGGAGCUCAUCCUGUCGUCGCAGCCCGCCCCGGACAUUCGUCACAUGCUGCCCAUCACCGUGUCGUACUACGCCACGCACAGCAACAUCUCCUCUCAGCUGUGGAGGAACAAAGGUCUGGAAAUCGUACAAGGCCAGAGGAAAACAAUUGAUGAGUCCAUCCUGGACGCUUCCAACCUCCUGGCCAGCCUUCCUGAGUCAGAGAGAGCUGAGGCAGAUGUGGUCUUCGAGAUGAAGCGCUACCCUGACCAUGGACGCAUCACCCUAGGGGGUCAGGACCUACCUCGAGAUGCACCCUACUUCAUGCAGAAGGAUGUGACCCAGGGCGAGCUGGAGUAUCUCCAUGACGACUCAGGAGCCCCCUUUGACAGCUUCUCCUUCAGGGCCCGUCUGAAGUCUCAGGGUCGUAGUUUGACCUCCCCAGCCGACUCUGUUGUCCUGGAGGAGAUCUUUAAUGUUUCCAUCAAACGACGCGGCUCGGAAUCCCCUGAGCUCGUCACCAUCGACAUGCUACUAGAGGUCCUACAAGGGUCUAUGGCCAUUUUGACCCAGAAGCAUCUGAACACCCACGAUGAAGACAGUCCACCAGAUGAGGUCCACUUCAAGGUGACAAAAGUGCCAAGAAACGGGCACUUGGUGGAUGCCCACACCAUGGACACCCUCUCUGAGUUCACCCAAGAGAUGAUCAACCGCGAGCAGGUGGGCUUUCAAAGUGACGGCAGCCUCGCGGACGGCUUUGUGGAAUUCAUUGUAUCGGACGGUGAACAUGACACAGAGCCGCACACGCUCCACAUCGGAGUACUUGCUCGCACCCUCAUUCUGGACAAAGCCCCAGAGAUCAAGGUGAAGCAAGGAGAUGACGAGACUCUUGUGACUGAAGAGAUGUUGAGAGCGACCACCGGCGGUCCCGUGGAGGAGGACGUCCUCUACAAGAUCACAAGUGUCCCCAAGUACGCAGCGGUCAUGGUAGACCGGCAGCCCACUUCAGCCUUCACCCAGAAACAGAUCAAAGAAGGAAGAGUCAGCGUCCGCUUUGUGAAGUCCACUUCACCUCGCGACAGCGUGGCCUUCGUUGCUCGCAGUCGAGCGGCUAAUGUGUCAUCUGUUCUCAAUAUCACAGUCCAGCCUCUGGCCAAGAUUGCUCAGGAUCCUCUACUACCCCAAGGCUCGCUCGUUCAACUGGACAGAAAGCUUCUAGAUGCAACGCCCCUGGCAAACAAGACUAGGACCUACCCAACAUUCACUGUCAUCCAGCAGCCACAAGGAGCUCGAUUCGUCAGAUCUGGAGGUCCUGGUGCAGGCCAGCCAGUGGAUUCGUUCAGCCAACGAGACCUGGAUGAAGGGCGUGUUGCUGUUGAAAUCCCAAAAAGGUCCUCUGCGUCCCAAGAUGGGGUUACUCAAGAUGAGGCACGCUUCUUGCUUAAGGCUCAUGGAGUCCCCCCAGCAGAGUGUGUGCUUUCUUUUCAAACUGGGCCCUACAAUACCUCUGGGGUCUACCCUGCCACUCUGUUGAGGGUUCCCUCAGAGGCCCCAUCGAAGGACAACAAUGAAGUGAGUGGGUCCCCUCGUGUGACUCCCGAAAGCCCCCUUUGGAAAGCCAACAAGGACCAGCCCCAAGCAGAGGCCACCUCCGCAUCCCCCUCUGGCACCGGCUCCCAUAGGAACCCCGUGGUUUCUCGACGGGGCAAUGUGUGGUCCAUUCUCAUACCCAUCCUGGUCAUCCUCAUUCUCCUGCUCCUGGCAGCCGUCUUGGCGUACUACCUGGUGCGCAAAAACAAGACUGGCAAGCACAACGUCCAGACGGCAGCAUCCAAGCCGAAAAACGGAGAAGUGGCCGGCACUGAAACAUUUCGUAAAACUGACCCAGCCAAUAACAUCCCCAUGUCCAACAUGGAUUCCAAGGAGGCCGACCCAGAGUUGCUGCAACACUGUCGGACGACGACUCCGGCCUUGAAAAAGAACCAGUACUGGGUUUAAGACUUUGGACCCCCCAAGAGGGGUGGGUCCUCAAGUGUCUGGAGCGCCACCUCCUCCAAGUCUUCUUCUCAGUAUUAAAGACUUCUUGCUGCAGCCGUUUGAUGGAUUUUUGUGCUUCGACGCCAAUUUAUCUCAACAUUAACUGUGGACUGAUUCUCAGGCAACAAGACACUGAAUAGUUGUUUGACAAAGCGAGAGGCAGUGUCUUAUCUUCCGGUGCCAUGUCUAUUUAUUUUAUCAUUCCUCUUUGUCAAAAGGCACAAACGACAUAAACAUGCUCCGUGUUUGCAAAAAGAAAAUAUUCUGGCUGUGCUCUGCCAUCUUUUAACAUCGGCCCGCAUUUAUUUGUUCACUAUUUUUCUAAUAGAUUAGCUUGUACAUAAAGAAGACCACAAAAUGCCUCUUUUUAUGUCACUGUUUCUCUGUUGUUUCUCAGGGCUAAAUUCAGUCAUCACUCGCAACAUUUAAUCAGUUUGUCUCUUUUUGGAGGAUUUGGUACUGAAAACAAAACUAGACACAUGAGAAAAGUUGGUGUAAAAACUUGAAUUUAGCUCAGAGUACUGGCCAGCUGUCACUGGACUGGUCUGACAGCACGAAGAGGACAGGGAAGUUGGUCUUAAACCAGGAUGCGGUCGAUCCGUUCCAGUAUGGGGUUCCGUUACCAGCAUAAUUCACGUAUCGGAUAUUGAUGAUACCAUCUGCGGGGAUUUCCGAUCCACGAGUCAUGUCCGUGUUUUGCUGUUCUCAGCAAACGUUGCCAAAAGAGUAACCGUCCCCCUACUAUUGUCGUACACACACACACACACACACACUGACGCACUCACGGCCACACACAACAGUCGGACAUCAACAUAACACAUUUUUUCCGGGUCGCUACAAUAUCAUACUUGCCUGUAGAGCGGAGUUUAUUACAACCUCAUGUAAAAUCAACAAUAAAGGUAAUGUAGCGACACGGAAGUCACGUGCGACGUCAAAGGGAUAGUCUGGGAUAGUAUGACGUCCCCAUCAGCAGUGUAGUCCAGCAACAGCGACUUACCCCGACCUUGGUCUCCGAAGUCCAGUUCUGGUCGGAUUUUGGUGAUGAAGAUCGUAGCUCUGCUAAGUCGCUGGGAACAUAAUAUGCAUUCAAAAGAGUAACACCUUUUGCAUCACAAAAAAACAAAACACUCAGCGUUAUGUUUGUCUCCCGCCGUGUCCCUACGCACUGUCGCCUGUGCAUUCAUGUGUAUGGGAUGAACACACUCGCAUCUUCUUCCGGUGUGGAACACAUACGUAAACAAGAUGGCCGCAGCGCUCCGUCGCGGAAGAAGAGUGGCAUUACCGUGAGUGCAUUCAUCCCGUACAUAUGAAAAUAGGGAUACGGCGGGAGACAAAUAUAACGCCGAGCGUUUUGUGAGGUCAGAUUUUUUUGGAGAAGGCAUUUUUGUGACGCAAAUGUAUUACUCUUUUGAACACAUAUUGUUUUGAGAAGCCAAAUUCUUUACUUAAAUGUCCCCAGCAACUAAGCGGAACUACGUUCUGCAUCACCAAAAGACCAAGUGGGGGGUGAGUCGCUGUUGCUGGACUACACUGCUGAUGGGGAUGUCAUUCAACUUCAUGUCAAAAUAUCAGAACUAUCCCUUUAAGAGUUCUGUAUUGUCUGACUGUCUGUGAAGCAGUGAACUCAUCCAGCUAUGUUUGCUGAUAUUCUUUUAGCUACAUUUGCUAAUAUUCUUUUGGCGUGGUUGAAUAUUAAAACAAACACAGCUCUGGUAUCAGAACUGUAUCUGUAUUGGCAGAUAUGUGGAUCGACGCAUCCCUAUCUUAAACAUAUCUUGAGGGGUGUGGUCAAGAUGUAAGAAUUCCUACUGCGUGCUGGGCGAGGAUCAGGGUGGGAACAAUCCACUCGUUAGGUUCCGAGGUUCUGAGCAUUCCAUCCUGUAUGUAAGCUAAAUAUAGUCACAUACUGAAAUAUUGUUUUUUUUCCAGACUUUUAUGUCGUAAUAAUGAACUUUGACUUUUUCUUUGAUUGGUGGAUAUUGAUUGGAGGAUAAAAUAAAAAUGAGCUACACUAGACUUUCAAUUGUUUCUCCACUAGAUGUCGUCGCUUUUUGUUACUUUUGUCAUAACGUUAAAAACGUAACUUUUCUACCAUUUAAUAAUUUGCUGUUCAAAUUUGGGGAUUUGCAGAUGGCACAGAGCUCAGGAAGUGUUCGAGGACAGCUUGUAUUUCCUGUGAAAUGUUUGUUCUUUCUUACUACACAUUGUCCGCUUUUUAUCCCUUUUUUUGUGUAAAUAAUCUGUUUUUGGAGAGGGUCGGGGUAUUCAUUUGUGUUUGUCUGCACUCUAAUUAAACAUUUAAUGACGACUAACUAACCUUUUCUCCAUCUUACUCCUCCCCUGUUGUUUUCAUUCAUGUGUCAUCACCACCUCCUCCACCUUGUUCAUUCAUUAUUAUUUAUUAUGAUUAUUUCUUUCACUGCCCUUACAUCACUUACUGUUGUAAAAGAAUUUAGCUUCCACAACCAGACAUGCAUCAUCCAUUCAACAUUUUCCCUCGCACUAAUUUAAAUUAAAAA